AAAGUAACCGCUAUCAAUUAUACCGCAAGAGGGGAACGCCUCCCGAAAGUGGGAGCGACCAAUCUGAAGGCUUUCGCUAGAUAUCAAAGUAAUCACAUUAAAUGUGAACCAAGAGGGACUAAAUAUUCAUUCUGUCAAAACAGCUUGCUUCUGUUGCUAAAUACUUUACACCGUUUUGUAGACGUAGUGAAAGGUAUAGCGUGUUUCGGCCGAAAAUUCCUGAAGACGGUUCGGUGGGAAUUUUCGCCGCGCUUGUGAUUUUUUUAUUAGUCUAGUGUUGUGUGAUAGAUAAGAUGUGUCGGUGAUAAUGGAGGAAAACUGCACGAUGAGGCCGUGUGCAACAGACUUUAGCAUCGCGGCGAUCAUGUCCAGACAUGGGCGGGCUAGAACUGCAAGAUGUAGAGAUCGGGAUCCGCCGGAUACAAUUUCUUCUCUCGAAAAAUUCACCGACACAUCUCCCUCAGUACCUUCCACGCCAGAACCUCUGGGCUUAGACUGUACCGUCGUGGGUGCGGACAACGAAAGUGGUCGCGACUCGCCCGUGGACGUGUCGUCUACGUCGGAAUCGGGAGUGACUACAGCUUCGCAGACUAGUGAGCGACGAUCUCCGACUAGAAAUCCCCUUUUGCAAGAGAGGUGUACCAGUGAAGAGUUACGAAAUAUUACCUGUCAUUUAGAGACAAAAGAAUUGUGGGACAAGUUCAACGAGUUAGGCACUGAGAUGAUUAUCACAAAGACUGGAAGGCGCAUGUUUCCUACCGUUAGAGUUUCUUUCACUGGAAUUCGAAACGAACAAAAAUAUGCCGUACUGCUAGAUAUAGUUCCUGUAGAUAAUAAAAGAUACCGGUACGCUUACCAUAGAUCGUCGUGGUUAGUAGCGGGGAAGGCUGAUCCUCCUGCUCCAUGCAGAACCUGCUCGCACCCCGAUUCACCCUUCUCUGGAGAACAGCUCAGGAAACAAGUCGUGUCUUUCGAAAAAAUCAAGUUAACCAAUAAUGAAAUGGACAAACAUGGUCAUCUGGUGUUAAACUCAAUGCAUAAAUAUCAACCUAGGAUUCACCUAGUGAAACGACCGGAAGGUACGGCUGGUGCAGUAACGGAUUUGGAGAAUGAAGAGUACAAAACCUUUAUAUUUCCUGAAACAAUCUUUACGGCUGUUACAGCAUAUCAAAAUCAACUGAUAACGAAGUUGAAGAUUGACAGCAACCCAUUUGCCAAAGGUUUUAGGGAUUCAUCUAGACUCACCGAAUUUGAAAGUUUUUGUGAUUACAGGGAAACAAUGGAGUCUAUGCUAGCGGAGCAGCAUUAUUUCCGCUCACCUCUUCGUCCGUUUGCAGACAUGGACACCCACAACAACAAUCUAUCCCUAGAAGAAAAAGCUAUCCUUGCAGCUCGGUCUCAGCUGUUUCUAAGAGCAGCUGCAGCUGCAGGCCCUUACGGUCCGCUAAUGGGGGGACUAUACUCGGGUGCUGGAGGAUCACAAAGCAAUCCUGUACCUCCAGGAAUCCUAUGGAACCAGUGGGCUUGCCUUGGCCCUUCACUGCUAGCAGCUCAGCACCAGCAUCAACUCGCAGUAGCUGCUGCAGGUAGUUCCCAGCUGCAGUCGCCGUUGGCGAGACCACUAGCUCAACAUAGGUUUUCUCCUUACACUCCCCCGCAAAGGUCAUCUCCCGAUACUAGUCUACGGGACGAUAGAGACUCCCCCAGUAGCCCAUUAUAAAGAUAUUUGUGAUAUCAACUUUUUUAAAUUAUUUAUGGUAAAUGUACUAGUUAUUGGUUGGCUGAUGUGAUGGACUGUAGGUAAAAAGCAAUUUAUUUUUGAAGGUAACAUGUCUAAAUCUUUACCAAGUAUUACAAAAGUUCCUAAAUUUUCUUUAAUUAAGUUUUAGCUCUCAUAAAAGUUAUGUGAUGCUGAGUAAAUUAAAAUAAACUUUUUUUAAACUAUAAAAAAUUAUUCUGUGUCUCUAAUGAUGUAUAAUAUUGUUAUAAUUAUUUUAUCGCCAAUAAAUUACGUACUACAUACUCUAGAAUAAUAAUAAAUUUUGUUAACGAUAUAAAAAUAAGUAUCAUUUGAAAAUGGUAAAAAGUGAAAAAAAAAAUUAGUUUCACCAUGGCACCCAUUGUAAAAGGAAGAAAAUACAUAUAUAACAAAAAUGAAUAAAAAAACAAUUUAUUGGUGAUCAGAGGUAGUGAAACGAAAGCAAGUGCAAAAAACAAUUUAUAACGAUUUCCAACAAAACUAUAAGUCGUUCAAUAUAAAAAAGUCCAAUAAAAAAGUAUCGAAAAACACCCUAAUUAUUCAAUCGAAAAUUCUCACUUCAAAAUAUCUGCUUUUUUUAGUCGGUAUGCUUUUUGUUAUCUGAAAUUACUAUUUUCUGAUGGUGAAAAAAAUAUACAUGGAUAUGGAAAGAAAACUCGAAUUCGAAAUUGUCCAUAAAUUUACUAUAAAGCCAUGAACUAAAAAAUUGCAAAUCGAAAUGUACAACUAUAAUUAACAACCAAAUAAAUAAAGUUAAUAGUUUAAAAUAGGGAUGGAAAAAACCUACCGGUUAUAAUCUAAAACCGGUUUUUUACUAAGCAAUAAUCGGUUUUACCGGUUGUUUUUUUGUCCCGGUUAUAACCGGUUUUUUCAUUUUAAAGUAAUAACCGGUAAAACACCGGAUAAGUGGAAAAAAUAAUGAAUUCAGAAAAAAAUGGAAAAUUUUUACUUCUACACGCCGAAUGAGAAAUUUUAAGCUGACCGAAACCGAUUUGACAAAAUUGAUGACUGAUUUCUAUACUGAUAUGGGUUGACAUCGAUUAGAAUGGAGUAUCGCAAAUUAAAGCUCAGUGUAAAUGUAUCCUAUUGGGUAUUAGCUAUUGACUAAAAACCGAAAACCGGUUUUUGGAAUAACCGGUUUUAUUGACCGGUUAUAACCGCCAGGUUAAAUCGUAUUUGAAAAAAUCGGUUAUUUCAAAAACCGGUGUUUUGUCAACAACCGCCAUCCCUAGUUUAAAAGACUUCUACAAUAUUUUGGGAAAGUUGUAGGAUCAUUUUGAAAAGACAUGGGUAAGUAUUCAUAGAGGAGUGGGAAAUGGGUUAGGAUGGUCAGGGCUUCACUCCCUGUUGAUUAUUUCGUAACAGCUGCAAAAACCAUUUAUCAGUAUUCGAGAUACAGAGCAGAAAACAACAUCGGUUAUAAAAAUACACGUACAGGCUGAGUUACGAUUCAAUUUUUCCUAUUUUAAAGAAAGUUUUGGAAUCCACACAAUAGUAUGUAUGUAUGUUUGUUUGUUUAUUUUUCACAAACAAAUUUAGUUAAUAUUGAGAGUAUGGAUGAAUCUGUUCAGAUAAGCAAAUAAAUAAAAUAAAUAAGCAGCCUUUUUAUUAAAAGCUAUUGAAAAAAGAAUCGUUUAAGUGUGGUCUGUGAAGAAAAGGAUCGGCAAUAAAUAAAUAUAUUUUGUUUGCACUGUCAGAAAGUAGAGUUAAACAAAAAGCGCACCGACUUAAAAAAAAGCAAAUAUUUUGACGUGAGAAUUUUCGAUAUUACAUCAAAAUAAGCAGAAAAAAUAAAUAUUUUAAAUAAAAAAAUUACAGUGUUUUUGGGACAUAAAAGGCAAGGUUUUCAACAUAUUUCCUUGAAUACAUUUGAUGGAAGAUAAAAAUAAAAAAACCAAAAUUUGAUUAUUUGAAUUUUUCGUAAAUAUAAAUGUUGAGGUUAUUUGAAAAAAGUAUGAAUACAUAAGCUUUAGAUCUUUUUAUUACCCAUAAAUUUGCUAUUUAACAUUUUUUUAUUGAUCCCACUUGUAUUAAUUGUAGUUUUGCCGGAAAUUUUUCCCCUUAAUAAUUCACCCCCUACCACUUACAUCCAGAUCACCUACAAAUAAUUUUUUCAUUAAAUUUUGUUGUAUUUUUUUGCUUUUGCAAUAGGUUACACUAUGUUAUUAUUUUUUGGUCAUAAAAAUGAUCGGUUCUGGCAUAGGCAAAUGAAAGUAAUGAAUAAUAAUGGAACAAUUAGCAAAAUUUAUAAAUAUUUAAAUUUUAUUCAGUGAAGUUUUCGGUAUAAAAUGUUUUUUAUUAAUUAGAAAUCGAUAGAAAGUAAUUAAAAGCUUUGGCGCUUAGUGGAUUCGCAUACUCCUUUUUUAUGCAACGGAUGCAGCCAUUAUAAUAAUUUCCUCCCAUAAAAUUUAUCACAUUUUUUAAUUCGCUAUCAUAAUCUCAUAAACUCAUUAUAACCUAGUGAUGGUUAACGUGACGAUUUUUAAAUCACAACGUGACUAGUGACUGUGAUUUCCGAAUAACCAACUAACGACACUAGUUGGUUUGAUUUAUACUAAUAAAAAUACGAUAUGAAAAAUAAAGUAAUCCAUUUAAGGCACUAUAAAACUUUUUUGACAAAGGUUGCUCUUUAUAUAACUCUCUAAAAAUAACUCUCGAACCACACUUAAAUUUUUUUAUAAUCUUUUAAGAAUAUCUUUAUGAAAGAAAAACAUUAUCAAUAAAUUAAUGACAUUAUUUUCCACAGAUGUUAGGCACCGUUCCCCAAAUUACGUUCACCAAGAAUAUCAUAAUGUUUAUUAAAUAAACACGUUUUGUGAAAUUGAUUUUUGAUAUAUCUGGUCACUGGUCACGUGGUCACGGUUAUCGAAGUUGGCAAAGAACGGUAGUUAUCGGUGAUUUCUAAAUCACGGUGAUUGAGUCAUCUUCAGUGAAAUCACGUCAAAUUAAUAUUAUGAGCCAAAACUUGUUUGGAAUAUUUCUUUAUUUGCCCCUGAUUUUGGCGAAACCCUUCUUCAUCUCGGUAGAUGAAGGUAGAUUUGAUAUAAUCCUUUACUUUUUUUUCUAUUCGAUCUUCUUUUGAUUCGUUUACUUACCUUUUUGACUUAAACAUGCCAAAAACAAUCAGUAUCAGAACCUUCUCAUCAUUGUCGUUAUUGUCAAACAAUAAUUAUUUGUUUUUUAGGGGAUAUUGCGGGUAUUUUGAAUUAAGCGGUAUAUAUUGAGUAAAAUACAAUAUUUUGAAAGAAGAAAUAAGAAACAACACUGAACAAAUUUCUAUUUGUACCUACCAUCUUACGAUAAUAUAUUUAGCUAAUGGUUUCCCAAAAUAAACUAGUAAAGCACUUCUAAAUAAUCCAAAAUAGUACCUAUAUAGAAUGCUAAAAAAUAAAUCAAACUAAUCGUUAACGAAAUUUAUGUUUAUUUUUGUAUAAAAAAUUUUGUUAUGUUUUACAUCUUUGUUUUCAAAUUUAAUUGUUAAAUUUUAAGACUAUUUUUGGAUCAAAAAAAAUCUUUAUUAAUUAUUUAUUACCAUUUUAAAUUGAUUUUAAAAAAAUCAAUAAAAAAAUACAACCUCAAUACACAAAUCACAAAUUAAUAGUGUUUCCAGUUUGUUGUCCUCGACCAUAUUACGCAUAUUUUUAUCGCUCAAACAAAGCCAUCUUGAUGCUAUCGGAAAAUCCUUGUAUUAAUGAUGUGAUUUAGAGAUAAGUUGGUUUCAAAAAAAAAUCGAUAAAUACGUUGGUUUCCGGAGUUAGGUAGUUCGAGUCCGGAUCCUGUUACACAUUUAGACCAGGGCGCAUUUGUAAAAAUGUUAGUACAUUUGGAUGUUGAGAGGUGACUCAUAUUUUUUUGCAGAAAUUGCUUGAAAAUAACUCAUAUAAUAAUAUUUGAGUUAUUCUCCCACUCAAAAAGGUCCGGAACAUUGUUUGAUAAUCAAAAUGUCAAAAAUUUAAGGAAAAAUUAUAUUUUUUUCUUCGUUUUUUGAUUAUAACUUUAAAAGUAUUCACUUCUGAGAAAAGUUGCACUGACAUAAAAGUUUCAUAAUUAAAUUUCCUAUAAUACAGGAUUGGUUAAAAGUUUUUAAAAUGGUCACCCUUGUUGCAAAAUAGCAAUAAUUGCGAAAAA